CCGCCAUGUUGGCUCCGGAAGUAGGUAGAUCCGAAGCAGGAAUCCGGAGCUGAGCCUUACGUCAAACGACUGUGAGUUCAACCGACCUGUGGGCCGUUUCCCUCGGUUCUCACCUCUAACACUCACCCUACAUGCUGCGGGCCUUUCCGGUCGCUCCAGGUAGGCGCUUCUCUUCGGAUCUGCUCGUGUUUUCUUAGCCAUGGCCUCUCUGAAGCAGAGGACCUCGGGCCUCGUCCAGCGGAGGAACGACAGGGAGUCCGGCGGGGAGGAGGACGAGGCGCGCCGCGGCGGGGAAGAGGACGACCAGGACCAGGACGAAAAGGGGGACUCUAAGGAGACCCGACUCACCCUGAUGGAGGAGGUGCUGCUGCUGGGCCUCAAGGAUCAGGAGGGCUACACGUCUUUCUGGAACGACUGCAUCUCGUCUGGGCUGCGGGGCUGCAUGCUGGUGGAGCUGGCCCUCAGGGGGAGGCUGACGCUGGAGGCCUGUGGGGUGAGGAGGAGGAGCCUGCUCUCCAGGAAGGUGAUCUGUAAGUCUGACGCGCCGACAGGAGACGUUCUGCUGGACGAGGCUCUGAAGCACAUCAAGGAGACGCAGCCUCCAGAGACCGUGCAGAGCUGGAUAGAGCUGCUCAGCGGAGAGACCUGGAAUCCCCUGAAGCUGCACUACCAGCUGAGGAACGUUCGGGAGCGUCUGGCCAAGAACCUGGUGGAGAAAGGCGUCCUGACCACGGAGAAACAGAACUUCCUGCUUUUCGACAUGACCACACACCCGCUCACCAACAGCACCAUCAAACAGCGCCUGGUCAAAAAGGUCCAGGAGUCGGUUCUGGAGAAGUGGGUGAACGACCCCCAUCGCAUGGACAAGAGGGUCCUCUCUCUGAUCCUCCUCGCCCACUCCUCCGACGUCCUGGAGAACGCCUUCGCCCCCCUGCAGGACGAGCAGUACGACCUGGGCAUGAAGAGAGUGCACACCCUGCUGGAGCUGGAGCCCGAGAAGGAGAGCGCCAAACCCAACGUCAACGAACUCAUGUGGGCCGUGGUGGCCGCCUUCACUAAAUGAAAGCGUGUGUGUUAUUUAAUCAGUUGAAGGACUUGGCUUUAAUGAGACGGACUUCACUUUAAUGAGACAAUCUGUUUUGGGUUUGGGGGGAGCCUGUUUGUACAUCUUAUUCCCAGGAUGGCGUUUCGGUGGCAGUCCGUAUCAAAACCCAAUCUGAUCGGUGGUGGGCUUCACCAAGCAAGGGAAGAUUUCUAAAUGAUAAAGGGACUGCGUUCACACAGUGCAAGGCUGGACACACACCGACAGAUAUUAGAUAGCAGCAGCAGUCAUGGUGAAACUGAAGACCAGGUUUCCCUUCGACACUAAGGAAACAUCUCCACAUUACUACCGGAUCGGAGCACAACCCCGGUCUGAUAGAGGGGUCUUUCUGCUCCUCGUGCUCUUUGCACUCCAUCCCUUCAUUCCCACUUGUGUUGGGAGUAGUUACUGUUAGCAAACCUGAAUGUUCUUCUCAUUAAAAUCCCUUUCUCCUCGCUUCCUCCUCAGAGCGUUUUGAGGAGGAAGCGGAGGACAUCCUCGUAGACCUAAAUGAAGAAAAGUCUUUAUUAGUUGCAAUGGGUCCACUCUGUGUUUAUUACAGGGUGAGACCCGUCUUCUAUUUCUAUUUAUGUUGCUUGGAGUAGUCUGCCGUUAAUCCACUAUUUUGCACAGUCAGUCAGCAGCCCUGCAGGUAGGAUCGUAUUUAUAGGGGACUUUUCUCGGGUCGAACAGAUGAGAUUUAAAUAAUCAUGAACCUUAGCAAACAUGGUCAAAAGAAAAUCUCACUUAUUUUGUCUACAGCUAUAAAGAGUACUUACAGAUCAUUCCACAUGUAGAAGCUUCUGUUGUUGUGUUUGUUUUUAAGUGUCAGUGAAAAACAAACUGUGUUUAAUUUACCAGCGUGAAAGGGUCGACCCAGAUCACUUGUUUUUCUUUUACAAAUUCUCUCUGUUUUAUACGGAAGAGGGUUAGAGCCACAGGGGUUUCUUUCUAUGACUGAGAUUUUCAGAAAAAAACUAAUAAUUCUUUCUCCAAAUUCAGAGUUUAAAUUUAGAAUUCAGAUUUUUUUUUCCAAAUUCAGACAAUUUCAAAAACUCGAAAUUCUAAAAAUUCUGAGUUAAAAAAAUUCUUACUUUUCUCACUUUUGGUCGGAUCUCAUAAAACGGUUCAUGUGUGGCCCUAACCGUGUUCUGUGCAAUCAGGGUUUUAUUUUACUUUUAUCUUCAUACAAAAGGGGUAAAUGGAAUGUCCUUAAAAGAUAACCAGAAGUAAAAUUCUCUUCCAGGAGUGUCCCGCUAAUCCUCAAUCUUUACUGUAAACUGUUUUCCUGGAAAUAUUUUGCACUAAAGAUGACGUCCCUAUUAAACCUCCCCCUGGGAAUUCACUGGACACGUUUGGGGGGGGGGGUAAUGCAUUUUGUACAUUUGGGUAAACCGACCCUUUCCCCAAUGUUUAGUCCCUUUCAGUUUACAUGUCGGGUCAUAAUUAGGUAUUAUAUUGCGUCAUACGUGCAGAGAAAAGGAGCGUUCCUUUGGCCCCUGAAUAAUCCUUCACAACUCAAGAAUCUGUUCGGUUGAAAGCAUUAUUUGGGUAUCAGGUAAUCCUGAUCAUCUGGUCUAAUAAGUGCGGUCUUUGUAUGAUCACCUUUUUGUUUUAUGGCAUACUUAUUUUUCAGUUUUAUUUCUGGGUUUUUAACUACCAACAAAAUACCAGGAGGUGAGAGCAGCUGCUUUUGAGCAGAGAGGAUGCAUGCUGUUGGUGGAGGUGGGGCGGGGGGGGUACGUGUGGAUGUAGCCACAGAGGAAAGGCUUGUAUGUAAUUAUUAGUCAUUUUAUGUGUACGAUUUAAUGAAACUCAAUGAAAGGGAUCUUCUCUCCUGUCUCUUAAAUUCUGUAUGCUUUUGUAUUACCACACAAAAUAAAGUAAGGAUCCUUUAAGUGCCUGAAUUUA